AUUAAACAAUUCUCUGCAUAUCACAUAACAAGUCAAGUGCGCAUGAAAAAUAAACUCUAAUCGUUAUCAAUACACUCAACAUGAAUUGGAUGGCUACGAACAAAGCGUGUUGAUGUGCGGUAAUUUAUUAUCUGGCAAUUACAAUCAGUUGAAAAGCGACACUUCAGUGGUCAACAUGUCCGCGUGGGUGCAAUUGUUAUAUUGUGUUAGUUUAGUUUUAGGUUCAAGUUUAGCCGAGAUUACAGCUAGAAAUGAGCGUCCAAUCAUCGGAAUUUUGGCGCAGGAAUCCUAUUCAAUCAACAAGUUCUUUCCAAAUGAAGAUGUGCACAGUUUUAUUGCUGCAUCUUACGUGAAAUUCGUGGAAAGUUCCGGCGGGCGUGUUCUACCCAUUAUGAUUGGACAUGAUAAAGACUAUUAUUAUAACAUAAUAAACAAAACAAACGGCUUGUUACUCCCCGGUGGUGGAGUAUGGUUCAACGAAACAAAGGGUUAUGCUGAAGCAGGGCAACACCUCUACGAUGCAGCACUUGCCCUUAACAAAGCCGGUGAUUUUUAUCCCAUUUGGGGUACAUGCUUAGGAAUGGAAUUAAUUCCAUAUGUAGCCUUGAACGGCGAAGAAUUACGCGCACAUUGCUACAGCAAAAAGAUAUCCCUGCCUCUCGACUUUAAACCAGAUUACAAGUCAAGUCGUUUAUUUUCUACGGCUCCGAAAGAAAUAAUCAACAUUCUCAAAACUGAAAACGUUACAGUAAAUAGCCAUGGCUUUUGCUUUACAGAAGCAAAUUUCACGAGAUACAACUUAACAGAUGAAUGGAAAGUACUCUCUACUAAUGUGGAUCGUGAUGGUUUAGAAUUUAUCAGUUCAUAUGAACAUAAGAGCUUGCCGUUUUACGGAGUUCAGUUUCAUCCUGAGAAGAAUCUGUUUGAGUUUGAAAGAGCACCGACUACAUUACACACAAGCAACGCCAUCAAAACGUCGAGUUAUUUCGCGGAUUUCUUUGUUGAUGAAUGCAGAAAAAACGGACAUAACUUUGAAAAAGAAUUGGCAAAAGAUUUAAUUUAUAAAUACGCACCGAGAUAUAUUGGAAUUUUAGGCAGUAUCUAUGAACAAGUUUACAUAUUUAGCAGUAAAGAUUGAUUAACUGAUUGUAUUAUAACCUUAAACAAAAUAAAAACUUCUCUCUACAAGAUA